UGUCAUUGUCAUGUGUCAACUGUCACAUGAAAUCUAACCUAACAAUGGUUAGAAAAAUAAUACACUUUUAAGUAAUAAAACAGUAAUGUUUUACGUUUUAAUUUAAAUUGUUUAAAACUAAAAUAUUCGACUAACGCCACCCGAGAUGGGUGCUUUAGUAACAAAAGCUUUGCGACCUAUAAAGACGUUUAACGUUGAGAAUCGUGCUCAUAAAGUUAUUUCGAAAGAAAAACCGACACCGGCGCCCCACUAUCCGUCUACCAAGGAUGAUUUGAAACGUACGUUAGCAGCGGUACCUGACAUAGAUCAGAAACUAGACAACAAAGACCCAGCGCUAGAUGACAGAUUGAAAUCCGUUUAUGUAACGUCUUAUGGCCGUCCAGAGGCUGACGUUACUAGAGAAAAGAUUCAACAAAAUCCAGCCAGACCCUUACCUAAAGACAGAUCUCAAGUUCCUAUUUUCGAAUUGGGAUGGAAUGAACCGGAAGAAGUGCCAUAUGGCCGGACAACAUUACGAAGAGCCUUAGAGUUUAUCGAAUCACAUCAAAUGAAUCCCACAGAGGUCACAGCGUCGAAGAUAGCUUUAGAAUAUAAACUAAAAGAGGAAGAUGUUGAAGCAAUAUUAAAAUACUUUAAGGCGUUUGAAAUGUAUAUUCCGGAGACAAAGAAAUCUCCGGCAACAUUUGCUGGCCCCACUAAUUAUAGAAAAAAGCAACUACAAGAAGUUAAAACUAAAGAAUUAGCUGGUAAAAGUGAAAUUGUUGACAAGAAAGAAGAUAUUCCAGUGAAAGACCAAGCAAAGAAUAAUUAGUUAAUUAAUUUAUAUUAACAUAUACAUAUGUUUUAAAUAAAUAAAAUAGGCCUUAUAAAGUUGUAAAUGCAUUGCCUAUCUUAAAUGUACAGUCAGCUUCAUAAAUAUGGAUACAUUGACAACACUUUAGAAAUUUGUAUGUAUGUUUCUAAAUGUAUUGUAAAUAGCUGUUGCUCACAACUUCCUUUGCUUUAAAUAAAAAAAAAUAAUAAAAAAACACAGCCUAUGUAACUGAUAACAUGGCUUUUAAUGGUGAAUUUUUAAUAGGCCCAGUAGUUUUUGAGUUAUUUCAAUAACAAAAAUACAAAUCUUUCCUCUUUAUAAUAUUAUAAUAUGUAGAGAUGUUUUCAUAUUAUGUAUCUGACUGUAGGAAAAAACAAUGUGUAUAUGUUAGUGCAUGUUGAGGUCUUAUUUACUUGAUUUUUAUGAUUGUUAGACAAUGUAUUUAAAUAAAUGGUAUUCUAGUAACAAUAAACUCUAGAGGUAAUGUGAAUCAACAUCUGUGAUGUAUUAUAAAUUCUCAAAUUAACUGAUUUUCCAUUGUUGAAAACAUUCAAUCUCUUUGAAAACAAAGGUAUAGUUUGACCAUGUACAGAAAAACCCUCACCAUAUUGAGGCAAUAUAUGGAACUAAAUUAUUUCCACACAUCUAUACUUUUGUAUGGAUUGAAAUAACUCAAAAACUACUCUAACUAAAAUUAUUUCACCAUUAGAAAGAUAUUUAUCUGUAACAUAGGCUAUAUUUUUUAUUUCAUGCGGACUAAGUCACGAGCAACAGCUCAUAAGAGAUAAAAUAAAAGUGACUCCAGGUCAAGAUUAUUUAUAUGCUUGGUUAGGCUACAUAUUUCUUGUAGGAUUUUGACAGUGGAAAUUUAAGAUUAAAUUAUGUUUUUCACAAAGAAAAUAUAUGUUUAUGAAUCUACCUUAUCAAGGUAGAAACUAUAUAUUUUUAAUGGUAAUUUCUAAAAAUCCACAGAAAUGUAUGUACAAAAUGGGUUGUUUAUAGUUUAAUGUAGUUAAUUUAGAAUUUAGUUACCAAGAAGUAGUAAGGAAUUAAAAUAAAUGGUUUUUUUAUAA